UUUCUCUCUCUCUCUCUCCCUUUCCCUCUCUCUCUCUUUCCCUCUCUGGGAAAACGAUAAUGGCAUCCAACGGCAGAGAGGCGCGACGACGCCGUAUCGUGGAUAAAGGAUCCGACCGCCUUGCUCUCAUCACCGGCCAGAUCCAGAACCUCCAGCCCGGCGCCGAAUCCGAAUCCCCUGAAGCCCGACAUUCCCACACCGCCUCAUGUCCUCCCUAUCUCUCUCGCGAUCACCAACAGCCCGACCAUCCUUCCCUCGGCGCUAUUGCUGAGGACAAGAUUGCUGGCCACUUGUCGGGAAAUCAUGCCUCUGGUAUUCAGCCUAGCCAGAACAAUAAUUAUGAAGGUGAAAACAGAACAGGUCCUUUUAUUCGCAAAUGUGAAUCCCACAAAGAAGCCAACAGAGCUGCAGCCGCGGAUCGUCGCAGCAAAGAACCAGCUCAGGCCUCAUCUGCUGCGAAUUCUAGCAUUUCUGCUUCUGGAGGGGGUCAUCAUAAUGAAAUGAGCAAUUAUCCAAAUAUUUUCACACCAUAUAAAAUUAUUUCUGCUAUUAAAGCCUGUGAGACUCCCCGCAUUCGCUGCUCUCUAGCAGCUGCUGUUAUAGUAGUUUUAUGUUAUGUUGGGUUCCCCAUCCUGGGCUCUGGUGCAGUUAAGAGUAUCAUUCUUUUCAGACCACUGAUUUUUCUUCUGCUGACCAACAUAUCAAUUGUUGUUAGUCAUAUUCUUUUAGAUAAAGGGACUGUAAAGAUUCAACCAGAAGCAAGCAAUGGCCCUUCUGCAGAUGACACUGAUUUGGCCGAUCAAGUUGGGAAGGCUCUGGAGAAUGGGUUGAUGGCGCAGAAGAUUAUCGGUGCCCUUUUCAUCGACAGUAGUGUUUAUGCAAUAUCAGUUAUCUGCAGCAUUUCCUUUGCACAGAAGCUGGGAUGGUAAUUACAUUUUCCAAGUUAUUUGAUAGUGCAUCGGCUUAGCAAUUCCCGCUUAUUCACCCUUAGGCUUGAGCAACCUUUUCUUAGAAACGUUUUCUCUGUGGUCACGUAUUUGAUAUUCCAGGCAAUGGUCUCAGUUUUUGUAGCAUUCUAGAAAGGUGGCAAUAAGCUUUGGGUUAGUCUGGUUAUCCCAGUUUUGCGUAAAUAAAGUGAAAUUUGCCAAUUCUAUGUUACUAUGACACCUAUGAUGGAACCAUUUUUGGAAGAGAUGGCAAAUUAUAUGUAGCUAUAUUAUAAUGUAAACAAACACAAAUUUUGUAUUUCUGGUACUGUUGAAUGGGAUGUUUUUAUUGAGCUUUAUUUCUUUGGUAAA